AUGACCUCUACGCACAAGCCUCCCAAAGCUACCAAGAAGGUCUUUAUUAGUUCUCGGGGCGGCUCUCGGACCAAAGGAGCGGAUGCCGUUGCUCGUGCAAAUGUACCUCCUCCUCCCCGCAUGAGCCUCGAGGCGCCGCUACCACGUUUGACGGAAGCCCACUAUGCACGAGGCGGCGAGGCCAACUCGUGGAAAUACGUGGUAGAAGACGGAGUAUUUGAAAGCGCCUUAGCGCACGACCAACAUCGCCUACGAGAAUUAGGCUGGAAACCUAAGCCACAUCGCCCUCGAUCUCUUCGAGGAGGCCCCGCAGUCCCCCAAAAGGACAGAACAAAGUCAGAGACCAGCAGUGUAUUCUCCUUUGGAAAACGCACUGCAGCAGCAAGCAUAACGACCCUAGACAUUCAAAACAGUCUCUCCGCCGAUAUUCAUCCAAGCGGUUCCUCAAUCGGACAGCUUGAAGAUCGCCUAUACGAACUGUCUAUCACCUCUUCCGAAGACGUCGACCAAGUGUCACUGUCCAACUUCACCGCGCCUUCAUUCUUAGAAGAAGGCGAGGAUGACGACGUUUAUUCGCAGUAUUCUGUGGAGGCAGAAUCCUUUAUCUCCGAAUCUGCCGUGCCACGAGCUCGCUCAUUAUCCCUUUCCUCUGCAGAGACAGAUGAAUCCCUAGGUCCAUCAGAGGCCCUGCCAACCCGUCCCCACCGACGCUUCAGUCUCGUAUCACCUGGCGUCGUCGUCUUCAAGCCAGACGAACCCAGACCGCUUUCUUUUGAUCAACAUCCGCAUCCCGCGGAUGUGGCCCUGCAGCGAAAUACACCCGCCAUAUUAUAA